AUGGCGCACGUCACAGAGCAUCCUUUUCGUGCGAAGCGAAGAAAGCUCGAUGAAGAUCCUCAGGAGAGCAAUGAGCCAACAAUCAAAAACCCCUCCCAGUUGCGCAACUUGCUCGUUUUCCAGCAGAAUCCCUUGGCGUCCAAGCAAGGACUCAUUAAAUUCAAGGAGUUCCUGAACUCUAUUCAUGACCCUGAAAAAGCGAACGAGAAAGCCCAGAAGCUUCAGGUCCUCAAGGGUUAUUGCGAUAAGCAAAUCUCUCCCGGCAAAGAGAGGGAGGAGGAUUCCGUCUGCUUUCCAGACAUAAUUCAAACCUGGGGCUUGGGUGAUAGCGGUAACCAUGACUCCUUGCUGACCAAUGUGCCCUCUGUCCUUGCCAUCUUCCUUAAGACCAUCUCCCGCGAGCUUGAAUUCCGCGAGUUUGGGCUGGCGCUGUGCAAGCAUUUGCUGCAGAAAGACCAACUGAGACUUUUCAACCGUGGUCUUACCGCUACCAAGUCAAAGGAGCAUCUCAUAUCACCUUGUCUUCGUCUACUCACGGAGAUCGUUACAUAUGAUGGAGGGGCGGUGGCCCGGCAACUCUACAACCGCCGCUAUAUCACCUUCAAGCGCCUCGAGGUCUUUUUGACUCCCAACAAGGCGCAACUCGAGAUUUCAGAGGACCAGUCCAGCAAGUCAACUUUGCGUCGUAACGCCCAAAGGUAUCUGCUUGCGAACUUGAGGGUUCAACACGAGCUCGAGAAGAGCGACAUCAUUGAGCAGCACAAGCUCACCCGCGCAUUCCUCGACCAUAUUCGGAAGGACACUCGAGACAUUGCCCUGGAAAUCAUCAAGUCUAUCGAGAGGGACAUCGUACAAGAUGCCUCGCUGCAGCGCAAGUCCAAGAGCAAGUUUUUCAACCGCUUCAAUUUGGAGAAGCUGGUGACCCUUUACGGCUACGAUCGAGAAUCAGAGGAGCCCAAUCCUGAGAACAUCUCGAUCGCAAAUGAGAUUCACAAGCUUUUGAUGAAUAUCUGCCAGACUGCGGGCCUUGGUGUUCUACUUCCUGAGACAGGCUGGUAUCCGGUCGGAACCGACCCGGAGAGCCUGCCCGUUGAACAUGACGACUGCAUUGAGCUGGGUCUUGACUCGCCCAUUUAUGUCGACAAAUACCGGGAAAAUGUUCCGGUGCGGAACAAUUCUCUUUCGUAUCUGAUUCAGUGUCUUCGUCCCGAUGUGGAUAGUUUGCAAAUCGAGCUGCUGGUGACAAUUUUCAAGGCAGCACCGGAGUUGAUCGCCGACUUCUUCUCUAAGAAGACUAUGUUCACUGCGGACCCUAAGCCAACUCCUUCGUGGCUGGCAGAGUCCGCCCUCCUCUUCUCCACUGUGCAGCUGCCUGUCCCUAAAAAUUGUGGCUGGAGAGAAAGAGAGCCCAUCCUGCCGCCACCGGUCUCGAUUGUCAUUGAAAAUAUUCUCCCUCGGCCUAUGAGCCAGAAGAUCCUGACCCGUUGCUUGAAUCAAAAUGCGGAGAUUAUCACCCUGUUCGCCGUUCGAAUCUUGACUCUUGCGUUCACCAAACUGCGUUCAGUGCUGAAGAUCUUCCGCGCUGAGCAUGGACAAGCCCAGUUAUUUUGGAACCAGGCUUCCUCCAAGCUGCUUGCUGAGUUCUCUCGCCGGUGCCCCGCCGUGAAGGAUGUUAUAGUUCUUUUCCGACGAACGGCUAAGGAAGAUCUGCAGCAGCAAGAUGCAGUGGCGGAGUUGUUGACCUGCUACUACGAAGUGAUGCCCGACAUCGCGUUGGAGGAAAAUUUCGAUGUCUCGUUGGUUCUAGUUGAUGUGCUCAAGCGGCUGGAAGAGCCCGAAGUUAGCUCCGACGAUUCGGAGCUUCUUCUGAGUCAAUUGCAAAGUGUUCUGCAUAUUGCACAGCAGUCUGCCUCCAUGCGUUGGUGGCAGAAACCAGCUACUAUGCAAUACUCACCCUUUACAUCAAUCCUCAAGGUCCUUGUGGACACCUCAGACAAAGAUUCUUCGCGCCGCAUCUCUGUUCUCUUGAGAACAGUCCUUGCAGAGAACUUUGUUCUCCGAAACUCGCCACAGUCAUUUAACUCGUUAUUGUCAAGUCUUGAAGACUCCGACACUAAAAGCCUCCAUAAGCAGCUGGUUUUCUUCGACAACUGUGUGUCUCGCGUUGCUAAGAAGCCUGUCCACUAUGUGGACCUUCUUGAGCCUCUUUCCGAGGAUGCUGCUAACGGCCUGAGCCCACUCGUCCCGGCGAUUGUCGAGCAGUGGCCUUUCGUCGUCAAGGCCGGGGAUGAGAACAACGAACUUGCCAUUGGAUUAUGGGUUGCUAAGCUCUUCACACAAUUGAAGCAGGGCGGCGAGAGCACCAGCGCGUUGAAGGCUGCACGAGAUGCUUUGAUCGAGGCCACUGAGACCAAGAAAGUCAGAUCUCAUUUCAAAAAAUGUCUCAAGGAGACAGAAGAUGCCGACGACGAGGACAAAAUGGACAUUGAUACAAACCCAGUCCAGCCCACUGCGUCCGGCAAGACCGAGGAAGUAGACCUGGAUGAGAUUUUUGGAUCCCUGCCCACUGAAGGCACAACUCACAACGCAUUGCACAAGUGGGAGCGAUUGGAUGAAGAAGAAGCAGUGGAGCAAGGCCACCUCGCUGAGUUGAUGCUCUGCCUGUGUUCCGAGCACGAGGAAGUUCGACGACAGGCAUUUUCUAAUCUUGUUCGUUUCAUGGCAAAGUUGAAAGAGUCCAAGUAUGCUGAAUGGCGUUCCGUGUAUAUCCUCAUCGGAGAACUGCUGGAAACGGUCAAUAGCAUUGGACUUGACAAGCCCAUUCCAUGGAUUGUUGGUGAAUGCGCUUCGAACUGUCUUUCAGUCUUGAUCAACCCCCUGCACAAGGUGUAUGGCAAGGUCAACAAGUUCUUGCAAAAGGCCCCAGUCUGGGAAUUAGAAAAGAUCCCCUCAUACUGGAUCGACAAGAUCUUCCUGCACGAGCCUGAGCUGGAUGAUGGGUACUUUGACGAGAUCGACUGGCUUCUGGGACUGUUUGUGAAGAGUCUUCGCAGCAAGGCUGACAUGGAAGUCUACCGUCGCGCCAAUGUCUUUGAGCGCAUUCUCUCCCUUUAUCAGUCCCCUAGCCUUGGUUCGUCGGCCCGGCGUAAGAUCCUUCAUGUUAUCUACCGAGCAGCCCAGGUGGGCGGCAGCACCACUCUAAUCACCCGCGCGGCUGUUAUCAGUUGGAUCCAGCUGCAGAUCGCCGAAGCUGACGACAAAGAGGUUGCCUUGCUUUCGGCUUUGGCGCGGGCUCUUUACAAAAUGUCUGACCGCGAGCGAGUUGAUGCCUGGAGUAAUGGGACCCUUGAGUCGACGGUGGAGGCGAUCACACAGACGUGA